UGUUUAUUUGCACAUAAUAUUUCUUAUACGAUGGAGUAUUGAAUAUUUCUUUCACUCUGUCUCUUUCUCCUUCUCUCUCUCUUUCUGUCUCAGAGUGUCUCCAUGUUUGGGGGAAAAAUUCUCUUGGCAGGGUACACAACCCUUGUUGCUCUUGUCCUGUUUACUGUAAAUUGCUAUGCUAGGAAGAGUCACGACCACUGUGACCCUUCUUCGUGUGGAAAUAAUGAUAACAUCACCCAUCCCUUUAGAUUGAAAGGCGAUCCAAAAAACUGCGGAGACAAGAGGUAUGAAUUGGAGUGCGUGAAUAAUCGCACAGUAUUACACUUAUUCUCUGGAAAAUACUACGUGGAGGAGAUCAACUACGACAACCAUACAAUCAGAGUUGUGGAUGUGGGCAUACACAAGGACGAAUGCUCCUCUCUUCCUAUUUAUUCUCUAACGUCUGACAACUUUAGUUAUUCUGUGAAUUCUCCAUAUUUCUUGUCCUACUCAGAGCCUAGAGCUGUCGUAGUGUUCAUGAAUUGUGAGAACCCAGUGAAGUCUCCCCUCUACAUGGACAAUAGUAAUAGGCGUUCUUGUGCCAAAGGAGGAGGAAAUUCUUCGGGGUCUGUAAAAGGGCAAUAUUUGUACGUUGUGGUGGGUGAGUUGAAGGUGUCAGAUGUGGCGGAUUUGUGUACGGUGGAGAUGAUGGUUCCGAUUGCACAGCCGCCGUUGUUGAUGAAUGGUGAAAAUCGUGGGAACAUUUCCAUUUCCUUCUUGGACGUCCACAAUGCCAUGGCUUAUGGAUUUGAGCUUUACUACUACAACUACAACGGUUUCUGUCCACCGAAUUGGUCGUCCUUCCAUUGCCUCAUGUGGUGGAUCGCUUUAUAUCUACCCUACGUGUUUUUAUCAAUAGCACGAUGCCUCGCAGGAAGAGCUUUAUUUGGGAUGCUAUUUAUGUUUGUGUUUUUAAUCUAUAAGUUUAGGAGAAGGCAUUUGUCUAUGUUCGACAACAUUGAGGAUUUUCUUCGAAGUCAGAAUAAUCUCAUGCCUAUUAUGUACUCUUACUUGGACAUUAAAAAGAUGACUAAAGGUUUCAAGGAUAAGUUGGGUGAAGGAGGCUAUGGUUGUGUGUAUAAAGGAAUGCUUCGAAGUGGCCAUCCUGCAGCAAUAAAGAUAUUGGAUAAAUCCAAAGCUAAUGGGCAAGACUUUAUCAAUGAAGUUGCCACUAUCGGAAGGAUUCAUCACGUCAAUGUGGUCAGGCUAAUUGGAUAUUGUGUACAGAGAUCUAAGCGCGCUCUAGUAUAUGAGUUCAUGCCUAAUGGGUCUCUUGAAAAGUAUAUUUUUUCUCAAGAAGGAAAUGUCCACUUAGGUUGCAUGCAAAUGUACAAAAUUUCUCUAGGAGUGGCUCGUGGGAUUGACUAUUUGCAUCGAGGUUGUGACAUUCAGAUCUUACAUUUUGACAUCAAGCCCCAUAACAUUCUUCUUGACGAGAAUUUCACUGCAAAACUUUCUGAUUUUGGGCUCGCAAAAUUGUAUCCAACAAAUGAUAGCAUUGUGUCACUGACUGCAGCAAGAGGAACAAUGGGCUACAUGGCUCCGGAGUUAUUCUAUAAGAACAUUGGAGGCAUUUCAUAUAAAGCUGAUGUUUAUAGUUUUGGAAUGUUACUGAUGGAAAUGGCAGGCAGGAGGAGAAAUUUGAAUGUCUUUGCAGAUCAUACAAGCCAAAUUUACUUUCCUUCGUGGGUCUAUGACCAAUCUAGAGAAGGGACGGAGAUAGAGAUGGGUCAGAUCACCGAGGAGGAAAGAGCAAUGGUAAAGAAAAUGAUAAUAGUUGCUUUAUGGUGCAUACAAAUGAAUCCCAGUGACCGUCCUUCAAUGAGCAAAGUUGUAGAGAUGCUCGAAGGAAAUGUUGAACUUUUGCAGAUGCCUCCCAAGCCUUCUUUGUGUCCACAAGAGAUUCCAGUUGAAGAUCAUGAAAUCAACAUGGAUCUUGCAGAGUUGCCUAUGCUAUCCUCCAUGUGAUUGCAUAAAUUCCAUCACCGUGGAUGUGUUGCACCUCAAGUUGUUUAAUAUAAAAUUUUUUGUGUCAGCAGGGAAUUCUAACAUCUCCAGCUCCUCGUAUAAUUGAGGUAGUCUUAUUCCAACACAUGAUUGGACAACUAUGCCUCAUUAAAAUAAAUUUGUGUGAAAACAUGUUAUUUGGUUGAGA